AUGGCCCCACCUCCUCCCCCGCCGCCUCCUCCGCCCAUCUGCUUCCCGUUUUCAAACAAGAAGCCCAAACGUCGUCUCUCGUGGUCCUCGUCGGACAAGUCCCUCCCUCUCCCUCCCCAUCCAGACACAAAAAUUAUCAGACAUCCGUCGUUCUCCCCCACUACCACUCUUACCUCGAGAGCGGAAAGCCUGACCUUCCACUCCGACUCUGAGAAGUACGACGAGGUCCCCGACGCCCUCCCCGUGAUAACCAAAGGCGACAAAGGUCGUCUAGCUCGGUCGAAUACCAUGACUGGCACCAAAAAGUCCACGGCUACUUCGAAGUGGGGCUACGGAUGGGGUGUCGGGAAGAAAGACAAAGAGAAGGAGAGGGAGGCGGAGAUGAGGGAGAAAUCGACUUCGCAGGUGAACCUGCCGUUAUAUCAGCCGGUUGUGCGCCGGGAUUCGCGGUCGACGCAGGCGAGUAGGUCGACCCAGCGGACGCAGGACACGCAUCGGACACAAGACACGCAGCGCACGCAUGUGAGCGGGCAAAGCAAGGAAACGUACAGGAGCAAUAGCAGUCGAUCCACCGCCCCUAAACCUCGCCCGCCGUUGGUGGGAGGGCAUACCCUCCACCCUCAGGACUCGACAUCUACCCUUGUAGGCUCGGCCUACGAGCGCAAGAUCAACGAUGACAACACUCCGCGGAUACGACAGGACACGACAGAGAGAUUGGAUGAGAUGCGGCGUCUGAUGCUGAAAGAUAACUUGGACUACUAUGUCGUCCCGAGUGAGGAUGCUCAUGGAUCAGAAUAUGUUUCCGCUAGCGAUAAACGGCGCGAGUUCAUUUCUGGCUUCACUGGCUCUGCUGGUCAAGCCAUCAUCUCGAGGACGUCGGCGUAUCUUUUCACAGACUCUCGGUAUUGGCUUCAAUCGCAGGAAGAGAUUGACAACAACUGGACGUUGGUGAAGGUUGGGUCGGUGGGUGUGCAUCAGGAUUGGAUCGAGUGGAUCUUGCCUCGGGUUGUGAAGGGCACUCGGAUUGGCAUUGACGCACGCAUGGUUUCGCACGAGAAGGCUACCUUGAUCAACUCCAAAAUCGCCCCUCUAGAUGGAAAGCUCGUGUACCCCCCACAGAACCUUGUCGACCUCAUCUGGAGAGACAAGCCCACCAAGUCUUUGGAGAUGGUCUACAUCCAGAGUGUAGAGUUCGCGGGCAGGGAUGCACCGUCUAAGCUGGCGAAAGUCCGAGAUUGGAUACGCCAGCAACCGCCAGCUGUGUCGGCCUUCUCGAAGCAAGAGCCAGGUCCUUCACAUAUGCACGUCGCGACCCUGGUUACUUCUCUAGCAUGCAUUGCCUAUGUCCUGAAUCUCCGUGGCUCGGACAUCCCAUACAACCCUCUAUUCCACGCCUACCUCUUCGUCGGGUUCGACACUGCCAUUCUUUUCGUCGAACCCGCGAAGCUUCAUCCAGACGUUAUCCAUUACCUUGACUCUAUCGGCGUCCAGCAUCGCGGGUACACCGACCUCUGGCCCUUCCUGAGACGCAGAGAAUGGGGUGAAGGAAAAGUCCUCAUUGCGCCGCAGACAUCUUACGCCAUCUCGCUCAUGCUCACACACUUCCGCUACACCAUCGCACCCUCGCACAUCGAACAUAUGAUGUCCAUCAAGAAUGAGAUCGAGAUCGACGGUAUGCGCAGGGCCUAUCUGCGCGAUGGAGUUUCCUUCGUCCGGUUCCUUGCGUGGCUUGAGAGCAAGCUCGCGGAAGGCUACGAAAUCACGGAAUACGAAGCUGGGUUUAGGCUGACGGAAUUCCGCCGCAAGAACAAGAACUUCAUGGGUCUUGCCUACGAGAACAUCUCUGCGAGUGGUCCGAACGCAGCUCUACCCCACUACUCUCCUCGUAAGGCCACCGCAGCGAUGAUAGCGAAAGAUGCACCGUAUCUCAAUGACUCAGGAGCGCAAUACUACGAUGGCACCUGCGAUACAACCCGCACGGUGAUUUUCGGAAGACCUACACCAGAGAUGUGCGAAGCCUACACUCGGGUUCUCCAGGGCCAUAUUGCCAUCGAUAGUGCGAUCUUCCCGGAAGGUACCUCAGGCCGUCAGCUGGACGUGCUCGCGCGCAAGGCUCUUUGGAAAGACGGCCUCAACUACAUGCACGGCACAGGGCACGGCUUUGGCGCGUUUUUGAGCGUGCACGAAGGCCCUCACAGCUUCUCGAGCAAUGUUCCACUGGUUCCUGGUCAUGUUAUCACCAACGAGCCUGGUUUCUAUCUGGAAGGCAAGUGGGGCAUGCGUAUCGAGUCCGCCUUGGUCGUAAGGAAAGUUAAGAGGCUAACGCAAUCCGCCUGGCAGACACGAGGCGAAUUCAAUGGAGACGUGUGGCUUGGCUUCGAACGGUUCACAUGCGUGCCGAUCCAGACGAAGAUGGUCAAGGAGAGCAUGCUUACCAAGGAAGAGAAGCAGUGGAUCAAGGAUCACAACCAGAAGUGCUAUGACAGGAUUGCACCAUUCCUCAAGGACGACAAGCGUGCGCUGAAGUGGCUCAAGCGAGAAUCCGAGCGUGGUAUCGGCCUUGCGCCUUCUGCUGCUGGCAUAUCCAUCGACUGGGAUUAA